AUGCGCCUGAGCGUCACUGUGAACCCCUUGGGUGCAGGGACACCUCCCAUGCUCCAGGGACCCCUGAAGAGAAAACAGCCCCCUCCCCCGGACCCCACCCACGGCAGCAGGCCCAACGGCUUCCUUGACAGCAACUUCCUGGAUAUCAAGAGGAUCUGCGUCGGGGAGACCCCAGGGCCGGGCCAGGGACCCCUCCAGGCCAACAGUGGACAGAGCCCGAUGGCGCCAGGGGCCCUGCCCCUCAGCCAGGUGCCUGCCCGGAACCCCGCGGCCCCGCUGACUGUCCCACCACCCACCGAGGCCCUGUCCAGCCUGGGCUUGAAGCCAGUGAAGAAGGAGCCGGGGGAGACCGUGUCCUGCAGCCGGCAGCUGGAUGGCACCUUUGGCCAGCGGCUGGGCGAGGAGCCGGCCGAGCUGGACCCCGAGCUCCAGGAGCUGUUCAAUGAGCUGUCUAGCAUCUCCGUGCCUCCCCUGAGUGACCUGGAACUGGACAACAUGAUCAGCGCCACCAUCAAGCAGGGCGACCCCUUCAGCCUGGACCUGAGCCAGCCGCCGAGCCAGAGUAGCCCUCCUGGGCCCACCCUGGCCCCGGACAAGCCCCUGGUCAAGAGCGAGUACUCCCCAGGCCGGGGCCCAGCCGCCUCCGCCUCCCCGCAGCUUCGGCCCCCUUCGGCCAGCCCCGCCUUCUCUGUGGCUGCGCCCGCCCUCCCUGUCUCCUCCCCCUUGUCCUCUGUCCCUCAGGGCCAGCCCCAGCCUGUCCCGGGCGCUGGCCGGGUCCUGCCCAGCUGGCAGGAGGUGUCCCAUGCCCAGCAGCUGAAGCAGAUCGCAGCCAACCGCCAGCACCAUGGCCACCUGCCACCGCCACCACAGCCCACAGCCUGGCCAGGUGCCACGGCCCCCGCAUUCUCACAGGAGAAGACCCCCAGCCCCUCUUUCACCCAGCAGUCGUUCGUCCCCCAGAGCUCCUCCAUGACCGGGGGCACUGGGAGCAGUGGCCAGUCCAAAGCUCUGGGCAACUACGUGCUGAAGGCCGGCACCCCGCCGUCCACACGUCAGGAGCCUCCGAGGGGCCUUGCGGGCAGUGCCCACAGUGGUACCAAGCUCCUGUUCCACUUCGGCCCAGAGCCCGGCGGCCAGCAGCCGCUGCCUGCUCUGGCAUCCUCCGGACAGCCUCACCUGCCACAGUACACCGCACCUCCGCCCACCCAGCCCACCCAGCUGCCCGCCGGCCAGUCCCUGCUGAGGUCAGCGCUGCCCACUCAGCAGAAGACCCUGCUGCAGAAGAUGCAGGGCCCAGCCCUCGCUGGACUGGGCUACCAGCUGUCCCCCCAGCACCGGCAGGAGCAGCAGCCCUCUGCCGUGACCCCAAGCUCUGGCCCCAGCCCUGGUGGCAGCUUCCUGGGCUCCCAGCUGAUGCAGCAACUGGUGGGCAAAAAGCAAACUGCACAGAGACCGCUGGCCGAGCAGAAGCUGCUCCUCCCCACACAGAUGCUGGUGAACACGGAGAAGCUCGUUGUGCAGGACCAGAUGAGCAGACAUCUGUCCAGACCGCCCCCUGACUAUAAAGACCAAAGGAGAAACACAGGCAACAUGUCGUCAGGAGCCCCCUACCCCGGGCCCUCUCCUGCCGUGAGCUCGAACUCCAGCCAGGCCUUGGCAAACCCCGUUUCCACGCAGGCCCUUGGGACCCCCAGCCCUGGCCUGCUGACUCCAGCCCUCGGCACCCGCCUGCAACCCAGCACCGCGGCUGUUCAGAACCAGAACCAGAACGUGGGUGCCUUUGCCAGCCCGCCCUGCAGCCAGCCGGGCCAGUAUGGUGCCGAGGCAGGUAUGGGCCGGUUGGUACCACAGAGAAACCUCCAGCAGCUGGGGGCGGGCCCUGGCGGAGCCCUGGCUCCCCGGCCCCCCACCUUGGCCCCAAGUGCCAGCAGCAGCAACAGCGCCCUGUUUGCGGCCGUGUCUCUGGGCACUUCGCCACAGCCGAGACUGAGUCUGCCCCAUGGCAUGGCCGGCCUGGCUCCCCAGCGGGCGACCCCCGACAUGCUAAGACCCCCGGCGACAGCCCCGCCCAGCUGGGCCUCACCCGGAACCCCCACCAAGCCGCAGGACAACCCGAAGCCUGCAGGCGUCUGCUUCCCCACGGUCACACCUGCGGCUUACACCCCAAGUCGGUCCCUGCCACAGGUCGUGGGGGGCCAGCAGUUCCCCCCGACAGCAGCGGCACCCCCCAACACUUUGGCACCAGCGGUACAGGCAAGACCCCUGAGCCAGGUGAGCCAGACGCUGAAUGGGCCAGGCCUGGAACCUCUCCGGAAUCUGAACCUCGGGCCCAGCCCGCUGGGCACUGCGGCAUUGCCGGGAUUGAACCCGUCCGCUGCAGCCCUGGGCCAGGCGCCGCCACAGGCCCUGAGCUCUGGCAGCUUCCCAGCACCCAGCCAGAGUUCCCAGCCUUGCCAGCGCUCCGAGCACGGCAGCACCGAGCUGGCCUUCGACUUCCUCAGCCCGCAGGUGGAUGGCGUGGGGCCGGCGCUGAACAGCGACGUCGACUUCAUCGACUCCCUGCUGAAGACGGAGCCCGGCAACAGUGACUGGAUGCGGGACAUCAACCUGGACGAGAUCCUGGGUGGCCCCUCUUGAGGGCGUGGGAGGGGCGGGGGCAGCUGUGCAGGGCUGGCCGAGCCCCCACACAGUGUUGCUGUGUGAAAUGACCUCCGAGCCCCCGUUUCCCUGAAGCGAGGCAAACCUGUGGGUGUCUGAGCCCGUGGGCUAUGGCGGGUCCUGCUG